AUGUCCACCGUCUCAUCUGCCCCAUUAAUCUCUCAAAAGAAAUUCCUGAAGGACCUCCGGACCAUACAAUUCCAUCUUCGCUGCCUAGAGGACGCCCGAGUUGGCGCCUACAAUGAUGGGGCAGAAGAGUUCACUGACAUUAGUGUACUGAGUGACAAGAUUGGCGCCUACCGCAAGAUGGCUGCCCUAGACGAGGAUUCCGAAAAGAUUGAUCUGGCCUUGCAGGAGUGUACCAUGCUGGAGUUGGCCAGCACCUACAUUACAUACCUCCAACUAGAGUAUGUAAAUAUAUCGCUAAAUACUGCCCGACUGACUGAAGAAAACGAUUGGCACAUCAAGGAGAAUAAAGUUUUCAAGAUGCGCAUUCAGAAUUUACAGGAGAAAAUCGCGGCAGCCGAUGCGGACAUGCAACGUUACCUCCUCCUGUGCCAGAUCAGGCAGAGCGAUAUGGCCAAGGGUGACUCCAUCAUGGUCAGUAAUUCCGUGGAAGCUGAUUUAGCUAUUGACAACAACAUUCUGUCCGUACUCACAGCCUCCUUCAAGGCGCUCUAUCCGCUGGCCCUAAAGUAUGUGAAUGCUGGCCGAUACGACACUGCCAAGUCCCUCUGCAAUAAGAGUCAGGGUGGAAAAUUGUCGGCUACUGAUGGGGCGUUGCUCCAGUACAUUCUCGGAGAAACUGCCCUCAGACAGAGGGAAGCGGAGGAGUCCUGUAAGUAUUUUGAAAGCUCUCUCAAUUCAAUGACGAAGGCUCAGGGUAACGAGUCGUCCUGUUGUGUUCCCGUACUCCGCGGUUACGGUAAGGCUUUGCGUCUGCACGGGAAGUACCAGGACGCCAUAGCGCAGUUCAAGCAAGCCCUCAGCAUAAAAAUGGCCAAGGAUAAUGUCGAGGGACCAGUCACCUGGGCAAUCAGAACGGAUGUGGCUAGCUGCUGGCUGAAACUUGGCAAGGUGGAUGAGGCUGCAAAUUUGCUCAUCGCUUGCCUCGAACAGGCCUCAAAGGCGCUUCACUCAUGUGACAAUAUCAUCGUUCUAAUGAAGAAUUACAUUGCAAGAUGUUAUCUGCUAAUGGGACAAGAGAAAGAGGCCAUGAUGAUAGUUAAGGUACUGCUCACGGAGGCCUUCGCCCACGAGGGUUAUCCGGCCAUAUUGGAGGUGUUGAAGGAUCCCGAGAGUUACCAGGUCAGCGACGGUGAAAGCCUCAUAGGGGUAUGUCAACAGACAAACAGUCUCCUGGAGCUGUUCACAUACCAGACACUGAUUAAAAUUUACAAAAAAGAUGGCAAAGAAGAGGCCGCCGAUUUGCUUGAUCAGUAUGUCCGAAUUCACUCGGUUCACUAUGAAAUUGAGUAA